CCAUAUUCCCCAAAGAUUAUGCUUUCAAAAAAGAUAAAUUAAUCUUAUUAUGGAUGGCCGAAGGUUUCUUGCCACAACCCAAAAACAAAACAAUGGAAGAAGUUGGUGAUGAUUACUUCGUUGCUCUUUUAUCAAGAUCAUUUUUCCAACGACGAUCCAUUAAUUGCGAUGAAUAUACAAUGCACGAUCAUGUCAGGAAUUUGGCAAAAUUCAUAUCUAAACAAUUUGCUUUAAGCCUUGCAGAUGAUUGUCCUCCUGAAAUUGUAAGCAACACUCGCCAUUUAUCUUUUCAUGAGAAUUUUGCGAGCUUUCAAGAGGCUAUGAGGUUGCGCACCGUCCUAGAAUUAAAUUUCUCUGGGUACAACAUAUGCAAAACCCAAGUUCCGUUACCAAUGACAAGAUGCUUACGGGUGCUCAUUCUAUCUAAACGUAGGAACAUAACUAAGUUGCCAAAUUCAAUUGGCAGCAAACUUAUGCAUCUACGUUAUUUGGAACUUUCUUACACUUUGAUUAAAAGGUUACCUGAUUCCAUAUGUAAGUUGUGCAAUUUGCAAGUUUUGAAUUUAUCACACUGUAGAGAUCUUGAUGCCUUGCCAAGAGAAAUGCAUAAACUCGUUAAUUUACGUCAUCUUGAUAUUAUUGAUACUCCCUGCAUGAAGGAGAUGCCAAGACAUCUGGAUAGACUAAAAUGUCUUCAAACAUUAACUAAAUUUAUCGUCGGCAAACAUGGUGGAUUUGGCAUCGGAGAGCUAAGGAAACUUACAAAUCUUCGGUGGAGAGGACCGUUUUCUAUUGUGGACCUCCAAAAUGUUGGACCUCUUGUGGAUGUUAAGGGCGUAAAUUUGGGAGGAAGGAAAUACCUUGAGGAGUUGGUAUUGGAGUGGAAAAAUGAUACAAAUGCUUCAGAAAGUCAAAAAUUCGUACUUAACAGUCUCCAACCCCAUUCAAACUUGAAAAGCCUCAAUAUUAUCGGCUAUGGUUAUAAAUAUUUUCCAGACUGGGUAGGGGAUGCUUCGUUCUCUAAUAUAUCAUUUCUUCGUCUGGAAAACUGUAAAUUUUGUCUUAGCCUGCCACCACUUGGGCAACUACCCUCUCUGCGGGACCUCUCUAUUGUUGGGUUGCAUGAAGUUGAUACAGUGGGUCCUGAGUUUUAUGGUGAUGGGUGUUCUUCAACAAAGCCAUUUGGAGCCUUGAAAGUUUUGAGGUUCGCGUAUAUGUUGAGGUGGAAGGAAUGGUUCUCCUUCGACACUGAAGGUGGAGCUUUUCCUAAUCUUAGAGAGCUUUACAUCAAGUCCUGCCCCGAGAUAAGAGUGUUGCCCUUUGGUAUCCAUCAUAUUGUUUCUUUAGACAAAUUUGAGAUUCUUGAAUGUUCCCAGCUUCCAUUCCCUUAUGGUCGUCAAUGGCUACAAACAAAAACUAACAGAAGGGAUGAAUUGCAGACUGGAUUACUGGAGCUCAAAAUCAACCGAGUCGAUGCCCUUGGGUUCCUUUCCUGGGGUGGUGGCCUACCCUGUACAUUAAAAACCCUAGCCAUCGAAAGUUGUAGGAUGUUAGAGCUCCCAGCACACCUAAACUAUUCAUCCCUUGAAGAUUUAACAUUGUAUUAUUGUGAUUCUCUCAAGUCCUUUCCACUAGAUUUAUUCCCGAACCUGCUUCGUCUUGUUAUCGAAUGGUGUGGGAAUUUAGAAUCUCUUGACCAACAUGAAAAUGGUCUACGCCUCUCGCUGAUAGAUAUAUACCUCCAUGGGUGCCCUAAUUUUUCAUUUUUUCCAAGAGGAGGAUUGCGUGCCCCAGACCUUAAAGAGUUUCGGAUCAAGAAUUGUAUCAGUCUUCGGUCACUACCUAACAAGAUGCACAAUUCGUCUCUUGAGAAUUUGUGUGUGGAAGAUUGUCCAGAACUUGAGUCACUUUUUGAAUGGGGCUUGCCUUCCAAUCUGAAUACAAUUUCCAUCGUCAACUGUGAGAAACUCUUGGCGAGCCGAAUGGUAUGGGGUUUGCAAAAUCUCCCUUUUCUUAAAAGAUUCGAAAUCACGGGCAAAUCUGAAGAUGUGAAGUCCUUUCCAGAGGACGAAGUGCUACCUACUAGUCUUACCUAUCUUUACAUCCUUGGCUUCCAGAAUUUGAAAUCUUUGGACAAUAAAGGGCUUCAACACCUCACUGCUCUUGAAGAAUUGUGUAUCUCCGAUUGCCCUAAGCUUGAGUGCAUGCCAAAAGACGGGCUGCCUGCCUCCCUUUCCAUGCUAAAUAUCUCCUAUUGCCCUAAGCUUGAGUGCAUGCCAAAAGGCGGGCUGCCUGCCUCCCUUUUCACGCUAAAUAUCUCCUAUUGCCCUAAGCUUGAGUGCAUGCCAGAAGGCGGGCUGCCGGCCUCCCUUUCCACGCUAAGUAUCUCUUACUGUCCUUUGUUGAAGAAAAAGUGGGAAAAGAUAGAAGGAGAAGAUUCAGAAGAAUGGCACAAGAUUUCUCACGUCCCAAACAAAUAUAUUGAUGAAGAACGGAUCGAAUGAGCUAUGAGUCCAGCAAAAGUAUCCACUUUACGGAUGACUCAAUGGACCUAGAGACCUUCCUUUCUCAACUGUUGAGCUAUGAGCAACUCCUUGAGCAUCAGAACCAAGAUGCCACUGCAGAGGCAUCUAGCUAUGCUUUACUUUCACAAAAGCCAAGCCACCCUUCUGUCAAGCCAAAGUUCGGCUAUCAACCACCUAAGUAUGGCUAUCAACCACAACGCAGGCCACAAAAUUUCUCAAAGCCUCCGUAUGCCAAGAGGCCAUUUCGUCC